CAAACGCUGGACUAUGACGUCAUCAAAAAAGGACAGCGGGCUAUCUCGCAAUAGUAAACAAAAGGACAUUUUAUCUCGCAGUUUUUCUACUCCUGGAAAAGUCUCUCCGCACAUAGACCUUUGCGUAAACAGCUGUCAUAAUAUUACAAGGCGAAAACAUGGUGGAUAUACGCACAGCUGUACCGUCAGAGUCCUUAAAUAUAAGAUCAUCCGAUGAUGAACCCUUAAUUACAUUAAUAAACAAGAAGCACCAGCCCAAUGAGACCCAGGGUAAAAAAAGCCGGAAUAUCACUAGACAAGAUUCAGGGUUAGAUGACACUUCAGAUGAUGAACCCAUGACCAAGUUGGAGAGACUUCCCAGACCUAAAAAAGCCACUGUACAAGCGAAGGGGCAAAUAACUACUUAUAUCAAAAGAGGAACAGGUAAUGGCAUCCAGAAGACAAACAACAAGAUCGCAGGUUCAACCCAGGAUGAGCACUCCUAUGACAGCUCAGACGAGGAACCCUUGAUAAAGAUGGUUAAAAAGCUCCCUAAACAGACAUUAUUGCCAUUCAAAAAGAGACCCUUCAACACAGCCAGAAAGGUGAACAAUGUGAAGGGCAGAAAUAACAUCCAGAACACUCAUAACAUAUGCACAGACUCAUCAGGUGACGGCUCCGAUAAUGUGCCACUGAUCAAGAUGGUAGACAAGCUGAAGACACAAACCCGAACAAAGACACUCCCUACAACAGCCAGAAAAACACCCAAAUCCUCCGAUGGCAGCUCAGAUGAUGAACCAUUGAUUAAUCUAACCAGGUCUCCAUCUAAAGACACUGUGAGGACAAUACUGAAGAGCUGUGUCGCUAAAGAAUCCAACGGCAACAACUGUAGUCAAAGAAAAGGCAAAACCAGCAGAGAGGAAGAGGGGAAUUCUGAUUCUGAUGACGAGCCCUUAAUUAGCCUAGUUAAAAAGCCUCUUAAAGCUGUAAAGAAGACCACGACACCAGCGAAGAAGAGUGUGCCAGGAAAGACAAACAAAGCAGUCAACAGAUGGAGCACCAACAUUGUUCAGAGCACGAGUGAAGGGUCUUUGGAUGAUAGAUUAGAUGAUGAGCUGUUGAUUAAGAAGAUGGUGAGGAAUCCAUCAAUGAAGACCCUGAUGGUUAUUCUGGAGAGGUGUGAAACUAAAGAAGCCUUGGCAGAUUACUAUAGAGCCAAUGUGGGAAACGCUGGCGAAAGAAGUGCAGAAGCUAUGGCAGAGAAGAGAAAUCGGUCACAAGACUGCUCUGACGAUGAACCUUUGAUAAAGAUGGUUGGAAACCCAGAGUCAUGAUUAUGGACUAGUAUAGAUACCGGAAUAGUACUUAAUUUUAGGACGACAGCAUUCAGUAACAAACUUGUUGAAGAUGGCACAAUAGUUACUGACACAACCACUUUUUUUCUUGCUUGAGUUGACUGUUUUAUGGUGAAAAGAAAUGUGUGUUGUCUAACUAUUAGGUGAUUUGGGAUAACUAUUUUCAUUUUUUAAUUUGUGUUUUUAUAACUUAUUUAUUUUUGUAUCAUGUUUACCACAUGGAUCGUGGUAGCAUGUUUUAUAGUAUAUUUAUGGCCAUGCAAAAGUUGACUCAUUCAACAAUAGGCCUGAUUAUUUUUAAUUGUUGCCAAUUAUGGGUCUCCAGCUUAAUGAAUUAGAGUACAUUUUUGUGAUUAAUAGGGGGUAGUCAGGUACUCCAUUUAUUUUGACUGGUAUGUACCAUCAAAUAGGGAGCAGUACUAUUCAUUUUCAAACACUGAAACUGUAGAUGUGCUUGUUACAGUCCACGCAUGUAAUGGCUUGCCAUUCAAUUGUGUGAUAUUACAUUAUAAAAAAAUUAUUCAUUAAUUGUUUUCACAAUUUUAAUUAAAGAACAGAAGUUUCCCAUUUGUCUUAGUCAUUAACAAAAAACACACCUUCACUUUGAUGGGAGAUAUUAAAUCGGCGAAGGAUUCCAGCUUCUAAACUGAGACAUCUGUAAAAUGAGAGGCUUUUUUUUGCAACUCUGCCUAGAAGGCCAGCAUUCCGGGGGUCGCCUCUUCACUGUUGAUGUUGAGACUGGUGUUUUGCGGGUACUAUUUAAUGAAGCUGCCAGUUGAGGACUUGAGGAAUCUUUCUCAAACUAGACACUCUGAUGUACUUGUCCUCUUGCUCAGUUGUGCACCGGGGCCUCCCACUCCUCUUUCUAUUCUGGUUAGAGCCAGUUAGCGCUGUUUUGUGAAGGGAGAAGUACACAGCAUUGUAUGAGAUCUUCAGUUUCUUGGCAAUUUCUCGCAUGGAAUAGCCUUCAUUUCUCAGAACAAGAAUAGACUGAUGAGCUUCAGAAGAAAUGUCUUUGUUUCAGGCCAUUUUGAGCCUGUAAUUGAACCCACAAAUGCUUAUGCUCCAGAUUAGAUGUCGACCGAUUAUGAUUUUUCAAUGCCGAUAUCGAUUAUUGGAGGACAAAAAAAGCCGAUACGAUUAAUCGGCCGAUUUAAUUUUUUAAUAAUAAAAAAAAAAAUAUAUAUAUAUUAAUAAUAAAAAAAUACAUAUAAAAAAUAUAUAUUAUUUGUAAUAAUGACAAUUACAACAAUACUGAAUGAUCACUUAUUUUAACUUAAUAUAAUACAUCAAUAAAAUCAAUUUAGCCUCAAAUAAAUAAUGAAACAUGUUCAAUUUGGUUUAAAUAAUGCAAAAACAAAGUGUUGGAGAAGAAAGUAAAAGUGCAAUAUGUGCCAUGUAAGAAAGAUAACGUUUAAGUUCCUUGCUCAGAACAUGAGAACAUAUGAAAGCUGGUGGUUCCUUUUAACAUGAGUCUUCAAUAUUCCCAGGUAAGAAGUUUUAGGUUGUAGUUAUGAUAGGAAUUAUAGGACUAGUUUAAAAAAUGUAUACUUCUGUGUAUUGAUUUUAAGAAAGGCAUUGAUGUUUAUGGUUAGGUACAAGUUGGAGCAACGACAGUCCUUUUUCGCGAAUGCGCACCGCAUCGAUUAUAUGCAAUGCAGGACACGCUAGAUAAACUAGUAAUAUCAUCAACCAUGUGUAGUUAUAACUAGAUUUUGACAAAUUUGGAAAUUUCCAAAUGCCUGACGGUACCACGUUCAUCUGUACAAACAAUAGUUUGUGUUAAUAGCUUCUACCCCCCAAGCCAUAAGACAGCUAAUCAAAUGGCUACUGGGACUAUUUGCAUUGACCCCCCCCCCCCCCCCCCUUCCCCACCCCUUUUUUUUCACGCUCCUGCUACUUGCUGUUUAUUAUCUAUUAGCCAUGCAUAAUUACUUUACCCCUACCUACAUGUACAUAUUACCUCAGUUACCUCGACUAACCUGUACCCCCGCACAUCGACUCAGAAUCGGUACCCAUGUAUAUAGCCUCGUUAUUGUAUUGUUGCUCAUAUUCUUUUUACUUUAGUCUAUUUAGUAAAUAUUUUUCUUAACUGCAUUGUUGAUUUAAAGGGCUUGUAAGUAAGCAUUUCACAGUAAGGUCUACACUUGUUGUAUUCUGCGCAUGUGACAAAUAAAAUUUGAUUUGAUGUCAA